AUGAAUCCGGCCCAUCUUCGUAUGCAGCCCACUCAUCAAUAUGGCCUUGAAACGCAAGUAUCAUCCGCACCGUAUGGCGCCCCAUUGGGGAUGCAACAACUCCCGCGGGCUUUAGGCUUGGAUUUCGGGAUACAGACCCCAAGCCUCAAUCCAACUCCUGUCACCAGCCUAGCGGAAGGGCAACAGCCAUGGCCAGAGCGCGUGGUCGAUGAAGUCCGAGACCUACUACUCCUUCUUACUCCCGACGGCAGAGUGAGCUACGUCUCCCCAUCGUGUAGGCCCGUUACAGGCUUUGGACAAGCACAGUUAGAGCAGAAUUAUUUCUCUCGCUUCAUUCACGAUGACGAUAAAGCUGUGUUUGCGCGGGAAUUUCACGAAUGUAUUGCCACGGGCCGUCCUCUUCGAUGCCAUUUCCGCGUCUACCACUUCGAUAAUUCUUCUUCUCUAGUAGAAGCGCGCGGCCAUCCGCACUUUACGACGCGCAGUGCUGAUGGUAGUCAGCAACUGACAUGCCACGGUGUUUUCCUAGUUUGUCGCCCGUAUCACACCCAGAGCACCCAGAUCCUCGAUUCAUUUCUGGAACACAAGCUUGAGAAUAUCCGGCUCAAAGAACGCAUCGCACAAUUGAAAAGAGAAGAGGAAGAUGACAUGAACGUCACGACACAGCAAGUGAGGUUGUCGCAAGUACCUUCGGCUGCCUCAUAUCGUCCUAUACCCCAAACGGAUAAGGCUUUUACGCAGUCUCAGACAGUUCCAUUUACUCUCCCAAUAUCUCAAGACAACUCAAUGCUUUCAGGCGAAGAGAACGAGUCCUCCGAUACGCUCGGAAACGUUGACGAAAUAGACAAGGCCAUCAGCCAAGCCGCCCAGGCUGAUGAAGACACAUCUCAUAUUUUCGGGAUUGAACUAUUAACGGGUCUCAAUUACGGACAAGGGGAGCGAUCCCAAGGCAUCAGCACUGGUAUCCUUCAGAACCGUCUUUUCCAAUACACCGGCAACCCUUCCUCAUCGGAGCCGGAUCGAGUCCCAUCCGAGAACGAGCCGAGGAAGAAACUGAAGGGGGAAUAUCGAUGCGCAGAUUGUGGAACGUCAGACUCACCGGAGUGGAGGAAGGGACCGGAGGGCCCGAAGACCUUGUGCAACGCUUGCGGAUUGCGCUGGGCCAAGCGUGAGAAGAAGCGUCAUGACUCAGGCUGA